AUGGGAAGCCCAAAAUGUAUGGAAAUGGAAGGAGAAAUGAAGAGCUUGAUGAAGGUAUGGGUUUCAGUCAUAACGUCACUUUGUUACUGCUAUUUCAUUUCAUCAAGGCUACCCAAAGGCAUGAUAAGAUUUUUGUCCCUCUCCCCUGUGUUUUACCUCUUCUCCAUCCUACCUCUGCAACUCUCCACUUUCCUCCCAACAGGUGUCACUGCCUUCUUCAUCACUUGGCUCACCAACUCCAAACUUCUUCUCUUUUCUUUUCAUUUGGGCCCUCUCCCUUCAUAUUCCAACUCCCUUCUUCACUUCCUCUCCUUUGCAUGCCUCCCAAUUAGACUCACCUCAAAACAACAACACAAAUCAAAAUCAAAAUUCACAUUGCAUCCCAUUUUUCUCCCAAUUAAGGCCUUACUUCUUGGACUCCUACUCAAUGCUAUCAAAGACAACCACAAACAAAAACUUCACCCUACAAUUAUUCUCGCCCUCUAUUGCACCCUUAUGUAUCUUCUAAUGGAUGUUCUUAUGGGACUCUGCAACAUUCUCGUCAACGCCACAUUUGGGGUUCAGCUACAGUUACCGUCUGAUGAUCCUUAUCUCUCAACCUCGUUACGUGAUUUCUGGGGGAGAAGGUGGAACCUCAUAGUAACGUAUACGCUGCGACACACCGUAUACAAUCCCGUGAGAUCAUUAUUAACCAAUACCGCAUUUCACCCCCGGUGGGCCUCGGUGGCCGCCGUCAUGGCAACUUUCUUGGUGUCUGGGCUGAUGCACGAGCUCAUAUUCUACUACAUCACACGUAUCGCUCCCACGUGGGAGGUCACGUGCUUCUUUCUGCUCCACGGGGUUUGCGUGGUUGCGGAGUUUGGUGCGACCAUGUGGUUGGGCCGUAAAUGGAGACUGCACUGGGUCGUGUCCGGGCCCAUUACCGUGGGGUUUGUGAUCGCCACCGCCGCUUGGCUCUUCUUUCCACCGUUGAUGCGUAGUGGCGCAGACGAGAGAUCCAUCAAGGAGUUCAAUAACGUUUCUGAGUGUGUUAUGGGAAUAUUUUACUAG